GUGCCAUGGACUCAGCCCAGUAAUAUUGACAAUAGGGUGAAGAGAGAUUGCCCCAAAUUACAGUCAAAAGAAAAAUAACCAAAAAGCCGAGAGGUGCCCCGCAAGCUGGCGAUUCCGUCAUUAAUCAGGGAAUGUGAUUCAUUUCGUUCCGUUUUUUUACUCAUCCGGAUUUUGUUAUUGAUGGGACUCGGAGGAUUAUUUCGAUAGAAGGUAAAAGGUGCUUGUGGGUUUGGCUGUCUGAAAAAGGCCAAGAUAGCUUGUUCUGCUGUUGCCGCUGCUGGAGGAGGCUGAUUAGACUGGACUUGAACACAUCCAAGUGUUACCACUGCUAACCGGGGUCACUCCUCAUCGCCAUCUCCGCUCCUGUAUCCAGAGGAUCAAGCAGGGAUAUGUCCUCAGCAGCCACUACGCCUCCAUCAGUCGACAAAGUGGACGGAUUUUCUCGGAAGUCUGUCAGGAAGGCCAAACAGAAGAGGUCGCAGAGUUCCUCCCAGUUCAGAUCUCAGGGCAAACCCAUCGAGCUCACCCCUCUGCCUCUGCUGAAAGACGUUCCAGCCCCCGAGCAGCCGGAGCUGUUCUUGAAGAAGCUGCAGCAGUGCUGCACGAUCUUUGACUUUAUGGACACGCUGUCAGACCUCAAGAUGAAAGAGUACAAGAGAUCCACGCUGAACGAGCUGGUGGACUACGUCACGGUCAGCAGGGGCUAUCUCACGGAGCAGGCGUACCCCGAGGUUGUAAAAAUGGUCUCUUGUAAUAUAUUCAGGACCCUCCCUCCCAGCGACAGUAAUGAAUUUGAUCCAGAAGAGGAUGAACCAACACUUGAAGCCUCCUGGCCACACUUACAGCUUGUAUACGAGUUUUUCAUAAGAUUUUUGGAGAGUCAAGAAUUCCAGCCCAGUAUUGCCAAAAAAUACAUAGACCAGAAAUUUGUAUUACAGCUUCUGGAGCUGUUUGACAGCGAAGACCCCAGGGAGAGAGACUACCUGAAGACAGUCUUACACAGAAUUUACGGAAAGUUUCUCGGUCUGCGGGCUUUUAUACGAAAACAGAUUAAUAAUAUUUUUCUACGUUUUGUCUAUGAAACCGAGCACUUCAACGGGGUAGCAGAGCUGCUGGAGAUUUUGGGAAGCAUAAUCAAUGGCUUUGCUCUUCCUCUGAAGGCAGAGCACAAACAGUUCCUGGUGAAAGUGUUGAUUCCUUUGCACACUGUCAGAAGCUUGUCUCUGUUCCAUGCACAGUUGGCGUAUUGUAUUGUACAGUUUCUAGAGAAAGACCCAACACUAACAGAACCAGUUAUCAGAGGAUUGUUAAAAUUCUGGCCAAAAACAUGCAGUCAGAAAGAGGUAAUGUUCCUUGGGGAGCUGGAGGAGAUCCUGGAUGUGAUCGAGCCCACGCAGUUUGUGAAAAUCCAGGAGCCUCUCUUCAAACAGAUCUCCAAGUGCGUCUCCAGCCCACACUUCCAGGUGGCAGAGCGGGCACUGUAUUACUGGAACAAUGAGUACAUCAUGAGCCUGAUCGAGGAGAACUCCAGUGUCAUCCUGCCCAUUAUGUUCACCAGCCUCUACAGGAUCUCCAAAGAGCACUGGAAUCCGGCAAUAGUAGCUUUAGUCUACAAUGUUCUCAAAGCAUUUAUGGAAAUGAACAGUUCUCUGUUUGAUGAACUCACAGCCACUUACAAGUCUGAUCGCCAGCGCGAGAAGAAGAAGGAAAAGGAAAGAGAGGAGCUGUGGAAAAAGCUGGAAGACCUGGAGUUAAAGAGGGGUCUCAGGAGCGAUGGGAUAAUCCCUACUUAACACAGGCAGCCCACUGCACUCUUAGCCUAACCGGAUACCCAUUUAUGUAGUAUGAGAUGGAGCAACAGUUCUUUCUGUAUUGUGCAACUUACUUUACGGUAGAUUCACACGUCUGUUUCAUUAUUUCAACAGCACUGUAAAUAACUUUCUUUCCCUUAAAUAUUACGCCGGAAGAAAAAAAAAAAACGCAAAAAGGAAAAAAGAAAAAAAGACAGACUGUGGAUAGUAGAACUUUAAAAGAAAAAAGCGCCGAGAAAAGGAAUAUGAAACCCGAGCAGUUCUGUAAAGAUAGGAAAUUGUUUUAACCCCGCCACCACCAUCCGCCCCGCCCUUGUCCAUCAGCACGUGCUUGAUCUGUACCUCCUUCGGGUGCUGUUUCCUCAGCGAUGCAGGGUGGGUAGCAGCUUUGGGGAGCCCCGAGUGGGGAAAAGGAGGCGUUUUCCUGGGCGCCAGACAAGAGCGGACACCCCGUUCCCUCAGGACCAUAACGACCUGCCCUUUAUCGCCCCCCUGCAAAACUGCUGCCACGAGAGAGCUGCCCUACUCAGAUUUUGAAGAAUCUAUAUAUAUUACCAGUGUAAUUUUAAAAGUUCAUGUGUAGAUCUAAAAAAAAUUGAAAAAUGAAAUCACUGCACUCGUACGGUUUUUAUUUGUUCUUUCUGGAAACGAGUGAAGAUGUCCAUGUGCAACAGCCCAAAGCAUCUGAACUGGUCUCUCAAAGGUUUGGCUCCCUGUUACAAGCAGUACCUGCUGGUAUCAGUCUGGUAUUGGUACCAUUCUCAGUUACCUGUAAAGAUUACCAUUUAAACAACAGGCGGUAGAAGUUCCCAGGUCAACAACGUACAGUAAGUAACUUGUGAAACUCCUGUAUUGUGAAAAGGAACACUACUUGUGUCAGUUCUUCACAGUAUUAAGAAUCUGUAUAACAUUGUUAUUGAAUGCAGUACAUCGAUAUCUUGUAUCUUGUAGUUAUUAGCUUCUAUUUUCUUAGGAACAGAAGGAGUAUCCAAUACAUAAAAGUGGUAUAAUGGAACAAGACUUCCUGGUAUUUCUGAUGCUGUUUUGUUUUUUUUUAACGUUCCUGUGAACAUGGGAGAUAUAUUUUUUUGCCGGGGGUGGGUGGGUGAGGGUGGGGCUGUCUCAACUUCUUGCUCUGAUGCAUUAAUAUAAUAUCUGCAUUGACCCUUUGAGAAUUCAUGUGUGCUUUAGGAUGGCCCACGUGUGAUGAUACACACCGAAAAAUGUCUAAUUAUUUUAAAAAAUAAAGAAAUAUUAAAUUAAACCUUUUUUUGUGAUAAAGCGAAGAUCCGGGAUUGUUUUAUUUUAGUUCUUUCGGAUUGUGGGCAGCAAGCCUGACCAAUGAAUUUGUGAAUUUGUUAUAUUUUGAGGGAACAUUCAGUGGCUGUUAGAAAUGUUUACAGAAUUCUUAUGCACUGUUCUUAAAUUUCACACUUUGCAAGAACCUUCUUCCCUCUGUGGAGAAAGAGGUGUUUUUACUGUAUGCAUAGCUGCAUUUGGGUGUUAAAACAGAUGGGCAUCAACAAUGUUUGCUAGCAGUUCAAGUCCACCGUAGGUUGAGCUGAAGAUGUCAUAGGGAACAAAUUGGGACCCAGUGGAUUAAUUGCAUACAAAAGCUCUCUUUGCAAUGACAUUUUUGAAUGCAAUGGCGUUAGUCUAGAGAGAGAAAACAUUUUGGCCCUUAAUUAAUAGGUGCUGUGUUCCACUGCGGUGCACAUCAGUGCCAAUCUCCAUGUGUCUUCAUUCAGAGGAAGUCCAUGCAGCAUUGUAGCCUAGUGGCCAGGGCACAACCAGAGGGUUGUGGGUGUAAAUCCCAGGUGAGACAUUUCUGCUCGUUCAGUUGUAGGUGUCAAAAUAGGAAAAUUUGUUCUCAAUUAACAUAUCUGGUGAAAUAAAAGUUGUAGAAAUCAUUUCUAAGUGUGAGAGCCAGUUACCAUAUUACAGUCCUUCACUGUGAUGGGAGGGAAGACUCCUUUAUUACAAUGUAAUUUCAGUAUAUUUACACAUUUCUAACAAAGCUUCCUGUUUUGUAAUGAUGGGUUAUCUUGGGUCAUAGUCUCACGUUCUAUAUCCCUUUUGCAAUGAUUUGUAAAUAUCUGUGACAUGCUCUAUGAUAUUUUAUGUCUAAUACAUCCCUUACCUUAAUGUUUUUUUUUCCAAAACAUUUUUUUUCUUUUGGUUGAGUAGUGUGUAAAUACUUCAAAGAAUGUCCAGACAGUUUUUCUUUGUUGCUUUUUCAGCUUAUGUUUCAACUUAUGUUUAGUUCCAGUGAUGAGGAUUUAAAAAAAAAAAUAUUUCAAAAGACCUAAGUAAAGAUGCUGCAUAUGGAGAUCUUUGAUCAUCUUUUUAUUUAUUUGGUUUCUUGGUGUAGUUGUAUCCAAAUUAUUUUGUUUGGUUCAUGUUUUCAGGGUGGCAGUGGUGCGUGGGGCUGUGUGGGGACAGCGCGCUGUCACAAGGCUCUGAUUCAGGGGGAGGCAUUUGUUUCAACGCGGUUUCAGCCCAUGGGGGGUGUUGACCAAUCAGAGCUGCACCUCUUUGAUGAUGUGCAGGAGGGGUUGGUGACAUCAGGACCAGGAACUCCGAAUAUGGGCGUCGGCAGCAGGCGAGGGGGUGGAGCUCGGCAACCUCCUGGGGAAAUGGAAAUUUAAGGCAUUGAGCUUGGACUGAAUGUAAUCUCUUAAAAUGAUUUAAAGGGUUGGAAAGAGACUAUGUAAAUCUGAUCUACUUUUGAAAGAAAGUCUAUAAAAGUAUUCAUUUUAAAACCCUUUGUGUUUGACAACCAACUUGUUCAUAAUAAAAAAAAGACCAAAACC